GCCAGCGCCAUGGCGGACGAAAGCCUGCACGUUCCGGAUACGAGCAUCGACUUCCACAUCAUCCAGCUGUUCGAGCGGCUCGAGACGCUGCGCAAGGAACCGGGCCAGAAGCUGUCCCGGUCGCUGCAAGGCCGCAUCAACAUGCACACCGAGCUGCGUAGUCUGGAGUUCUGGAGAUCGAUCACGUGCGAAAGUUUGGCGUCGUUCUUCUACGUGUUCAUCGUUUGCGGUGCUGCUGCCGGGGCCGGCGUUGGGGCCAGCGUUUCGUCCGUCCUGCUCGCGACCGCCCUCUCGUCCGGCUUCGCCAUGAUCGCCCUCACCCAGUGCUUCCUGCACAUUUCUGGAGCCCACGUCAAUCCGGCCGUCUCGAUCGGUAUGCUCGUUUCGCGCCAAAUCUCCCCGCUCCGUGCCUUGCUGUACAUCAUCGCCCAAAGUGGAGGCUCGAUCGCCGGUGCCGCCCUACUCUACGGUGUCACCGUGCCCGGCUAUCAGGGUAAUCUGCAGGCGGCCGUUUCCCACAGCUCGUCCCUCGCCGCCUGGGAGCGCUUCGGCGUCGAGUUCAUCCUGACGUUCAUCGUCGUCCUGGCGUACCUCAUCUCGACCAGCUCGUUCAAGAAGUACUUCGGCUCGUCGGCGAUCGCCAUCGGGGCGGCGUACAGUGCGUGCAGUUUCGUUUCGAUGCCCUACCUGAAUCCGGCUCGCUCCCUGGGACCUUCGUUUGUGCUGAACAAAUGGGACAACCACUGGGUGUACUGGGUUGGACCGAUGGUUGGCGGCGCGGUGUCCGGUGUACUGCACGAGUUCAUCUUCUGCACGAAGCGCUCGGUCCGGCGUGGCUCGAAGGACGACGUCGACUCGAGCCUCAACUCCGAGGACGACAUCAACUACGACAUGGACCUGGAGAAGCCGCAGCAGCAGCAGCAACCGCACCAUCAGGGCAAGUACCACCACUACCGGGCACCGAGCGGGACCCUGUCCGGCAGUCAGCAGCGCUACUGCCAGAGCAUCUACACGGCCGAACCGACGUCGAAGGUGGAGCGCGUCGAGUCGAUCUACGGCGGCACCAAGUCGCUGUACUGUAAGUCACCUCCGCUGACCCGUGCCAACCUGAACCGCUCGCAGUCGGUCUACGCCAAGAGCAACACCGCACUCAACCGUGACCUGCCCGGACCGCGUGCGGGACCACUCGUUCCGGCCCAGAGCCUCUACCCGCUACGCGUGACCGCCGCACCUCAAACGCACCUGCAGAACCAGAACGUUCAGAACCAGCUCCAGCAGCGAUCCGAUAGCAUCUACGGCAUCCGUAGCUCGAUGCGGCAACCGACGGGACUUGCGCCGGACGGUAGAAUGCAACAGCAGCAGCAGCAGCAAAUGGUUCCACCACAUCCGGGACCGGGGUCUGCCGAUCCACAGGGCUUCCAGCCGAUCUACGGCACGCGCAACAACCCGAACUGCUCGAGCGAUGGACUGAAGUUUGAUCGAGAUCCGAACAGCCGCGAUGACACGCUGAGCUCCAAGUUCUCGCGAGGAGCACCGGCCGGAGCCACGGCGAACGGUCGUCCCGAUUCGAUGUACGGCGGAGCGCCAAACCAGCGGCGCAUUCACUCGGCCCAGUCGGAUGACAGCUCGUACGGCUCGUACCAUGGACCGGGGCCGGCCCUAACGCCACCGACACGCAACGCCAGCAACAGCAGUAGCACCUACAACCCGGUCCACGGUACGGUGCUACCGUCCUACGAGCGAAAGACGUCCACCUCGUCCUCCUCGAACCAACCGCAGCAGCAGCAACAAACUCGUGGUGGACCACAGAAUGUUCCCAGCAUACAGAACUCCAGCCUACCUCCACCACCCCCACCGCUACAUCAUAUGCCGUACAACCUGCAUCCCGUGAGGCAGAACUAG